AUGGAUAACAGUCAAGGUACCGUGGUGACACCGUCAUCUAAGGGCACAAUGAAAGUUUUUAGUGAUCUAAUUGAGGCGUCUAAGAAUUUACCAACAACGUCAUCACAACUUGGUUCCAUACAGCUAAGUGUAAGUGAAAUCAAAAGGAGAGCCAUUGAGUUACGAAAGAAUAAGGACAUCGAUACAAAUCUUACCAAAGCACAUUACUUGUUGGCUGGUAGCGGAUUGGCAAUCGAAGAUGUAGACACUUCAAUUAAGGAUUUACGAAACAAACCUGUUCUGGAACAAAAUGUCGCAAAUAGUAGCACAGGUAAUGAAAUUGAUACAUAUUUAAGGGCGAAAAAGGGCGAGAACAUUUUAUCCUCUAUUGAACAGUUGCUCUCCAAUGCUGCGAAAGAUUUUGAUGUAUUUGUCAAUCAAAAUUUGAAUUUAGACUGGGCUCAACGUAAGGAGGAAGUUAUGGAAAACUUUGGCAUCAUUACUAAGGGCAAGAACUCAAACGACCAUAUUGGUGACACUUCUUUGUCAGCCUCAGAAAUACCAAAAUGGGGUACUUCUUUGACAAGUGUUCUUAACAGUGGUGAAUCAAAGCUGAAUGUGAAUGAAAAUUACGCAAUUAGGGAGAAGUUUGAAACCUAUGCAAAGAUCAUUCAUCAAUUCAACAAUGAUAGACAGAAUGGACAUCACUUUUCGUUGAACAAAGAAUUUAUUUCCAUUAUCCAGUCUCUCAAUGACUCAAAGAAUAGACAGAUCCUUGAAAGUUGGAAAAUUUUGGAGAUUUUAAAAGGUCAGAAAGAUGUUGUUGCGACUGCUAAAAGUUACCUACAGAACCAAUUUUUAGAAUAUGUUGAUAUUCUAUCUAGAAAAACAAUGAAUGAAGGUUUACCAACCAAUUCUAAUAAGAUUAGGUCGUUUAUCGACUCAAAGUUGAAGAAUUCUGAUAAUACAUGGAAAAUAGCAAACCUUACAAUUGUUAACGGUAACCCAAUCUGGGCAAUGAUUUUUUACCUACUAAGAGCAGGUUUGGAACAGGAGGCAUUAGAAGUUGUUGAAAAUAAUAAGUCCGGCUUCAAAAAGAUUGAACAAUCAUUUCUAUCUUAUUUCAAAGCGUAUGUUUCUGCUCCUGAUCGUCAACUGUCAAUGGAAUUUUCUUCGAGACUGCAUACUGAGUAUAACCAACACAUCAAGAGUUCACUAAAUGGUGAUCCAUAUAGGUUGGCUGUUUAUAAAAUUAUUGGAAGAUGCGAUCUUACCCGGAAGAAUAUAUCUUCGGUUACGUUAAGCGUUGAAGAUUGGCUUUGGAUUCAUUUGAUGCUAAUAAAGGAUAACGUGAUGGGUGAUGAGCCAGCUUAUGAAAGAUAUCGCCUUGAAGAUUUUCAAAAUACCAUCAUUUCGUAUGGUCCGUCCAGAUUCGGGGACUACUAUUUGCAGGUUUUAAUAUUAAGCGGAUUGUAUGAAUUGGCUGUAGAAUAUGCCUAUUCGUUGAACGAAAUUGAUGCCGUCCAUCUAGCAAUUGGUUUAGCAAACCAAGGACUUUUAUCUGUUACAUCGAAGAUGACUGAUACAUUAAUAACCGUUGAAAAUAACAAGAGAAUGAUAUGCAUAGCUAAGGUUCUAGGUAACUACACCAAGUCGUUCAAAUAUUCUGAUCCAAGGAUUGCAGCAGAAUAUCUGGUUCUGAUCGCUCUUUCAAAUGAUCCUGCCCAAAUUGAAAUAUGUCAUGAAGCCCUGAGAGAGCUGGUAUUGGAGACUAAAGAGUUUUCCCUUCUUUUAGGUAAAAUCAAUAGAGACGGUGCACGGAUACCGGGGGUUAUUGAAGAAAGACAACCUCUGCUCCAUCUUCAAAAUGAGAAGGAAUUCCUUCGAAUUAUUACUGAACAGGCUGCACGGAAGGCUGAUGAAGAUGGUAGAACACGUGAUAGUUUAUUAUUAUAUCAGUUAUCCGAAGAGUACGACGUCGUUCUUACUAUUAUUAACGGUCUAUUGGGUGACAUACUGAGCGAUAGCGAUCUAACUCAACCACUAUUGACAGCAGACGAUAACUACGAAACGAAUCCAAUAUUGUUGGCUCAGAAGUUAAUACUGAUGUACAGUGAUAAUUCUGAAAUUUCUAAACAGAUAAACGUUACAAACAAGGAAACAUGUUCUUUACUUUUACAAAUGGUGGAAAUUCGUAAAAUAUAUUCUGCAAAUCAAUGGCACAAUGUUUUGACUCAAAUUGAAGGGUUGGAUAUCUUGCCAUUUUCAAAUGAACUAUCUGCAAGAAAAAAAGCCGAACAAUUUACUUUACUUGAUGAAAAUAUUGUGAAGACCGUUCCAAACUUACUGAUUAUCACCCUUAUGUGUAUUUCAAAGAUCGUGCAUAGUUUGGUCCAAAACAGGUAUCUUUUCUCAGAAACGAAAGAUCAACAAAUAUCUUUUUUGAAGAAUAUUUCUCGCAAUUGCAUGGCUUACGCCGGUAUCAUCCAAUAUAAGAUGCCAAGGGAAACUUACAGUACGUUAAUAAACCUAGAUGUGGCACUCUAG